GUAAGGGAGGAGGGACAGGAGGUCUUUCCUUGGGACUCCUCAGGGUCCGGGUUCUGGCCUCACCAUCUCAGGUCGGGGUGACCUUGGGGAGUCCCUUGCCUCCCGCGGCUUCAGUCUCCCCCAGGGGAACCCGCAGGUUGCCGCGUGCCCAGGCGGGGAGCCGAGCAAGCCGGCCCGGGUGGGAGCAGGUGGACCGCCCACUGCGGCGGCCCGGACCUCGGGGCUCCUCCCCCGGGGCGGGGGUCGCGGCGCGGGCAGCUGGCGGCCCCGCAGCUGCAGCCUCUGCACCUGCCGCGGCCAGACGGCGCGGGCGCCCCCCCUCGGGCUGCAGCCGCGGCGCGGGAGGCGGAGCCGGAGCCGAGCCGGAGCCGGAGCCGGAGCCGGAGCCGGAGCCCAGCCGCUGCAGGAGCCCUAUCCGCGCCGGUGCCCUCCGCCCGGCGGGGCGGCCCCCAGCUCCCAGCCCCGAGCGUCUGCCCGCUGGGUCCGAGUCCGCGUACGCGCGGGCGGCGCCUCCCCUGCAGGUAAAUGGAAGAGCUGGAGACCAGUUUCUUUCAGACAGGGAAAGCACACAGAAUAGAACAAAUGGUGGCAAGAUGGCUUCGGCGCUCGCGGGACAGCUCAGCCCGGGCUAAGGUUUCUGUAGCUGAUGAGCCUCCAGGAAUCCCAGCCCAGACUGUCACCCCUGUGAAACAUACAGUUAAAGUAGAUAAAGAUGCCCUCAUGCAGGACUAUGGAUUUCAGAUUUCUGAGAGCCUUCCCCUCACAGUAGUGGCCAUCACAGCAGGUGGCUCUGCUCAUGGCAAGCUUUUUCCCGGUGACCAGAUCCUCCAGAUUAACAGUGAGCCUGCUGGAGACCUCUCCUAUGAACGGGCAGUCGAUAUUCUCAGGGAAGCUGAAGAUUCUCUUUCAGUCACAGUUGUUCGCUGCACAUCGGGGGAUUGUAGGAGACCUUAUCAGAUACUUUGCGAGAAUGAAGGAGUGCUCCUGUGUCCACAGGAACCUGGCCAACCAAUGUGGAAUCCUAUCUUCAAAAGAAAAAUGAACUUGAUUGACUAUGACUUGUUCUUGGGAGCCCCUAAGUCAUCCUUCCUGACUGAGGAGAAGAGAGCCAGGCUGAAGACCAACCCUGUGAAGGUGCAUUUUGCUGAGGAAGUGCUUGUCAGUGGACAUAAUCAGGGUAAUUCUCUGCUGUGUAUGCCCAAUGUGCUCAAGCUCUACUUGGAGAACGGACAGACAAAAGCUUUCAAGUUUGAAGCAAAUACAACUGUGAAGGACAUCAUCCUCACUGUGAAAGAGAAGCUCUCCAUACGGAGCACAGAGUACUUUGCGUUGGCCCUGGAAGAGCAGUACAACAUUGCACGGCUGCACCUGCUGCAUGAGGAGGAGCUCAUCCAGCAGGUGGUCGAAAGGGAGGAGUCACAUGACUGCCGCUGCCUCUUCAGGGUAUGCUUUGUUCCCAAGGACCCCCUUGACCUCCUGAAGGAAGAUCCUGUGGCCUUUGAAUACCUCUAUCUGCAGAGCUGCAGUGACGUGCUGCAGGAGCGCUUUGCUGUGGAGAUGAAGUGUAGCUCUGCUCUGCGACUCGCAGCCUUGCACAUCCAGGAGCGGAUCUACGCAUGUGCCCAGCCCCAGAAGAUCUCUUUGAAGUACAUCGAGAAAGACUGGGGAAUUGAGAACUUCAUAUCUCCAACUUUGCUCCGAAAUAUGAAGGGCAAAGACAUCAAAAAAGCCAUUAGCUUCCACAUGAAGAGAAACCAAAAUUUGCUGGAGCCCCGCCAAAAGCAACUUAUUUCUGCGGCCCAGCUCCGAUUAAAUUACCUUCAGAUCCUGGGGGAACUCAAGACCUAUGGUGGGAAGAUCUUUAAUGCUACCUUAAUGUUACAGGAUAGGGAAUCCUACAUUGCCCUUCUGAUUGGAGCCAAGUAUGGAAUCAGUCAGAUUAUCAACAGCAAACUCAACAUCAUGUCCACAUUGGCAGAGUUUUCAAGCAUCAGCCGAGUCGAGCUGACCGAAGAGUCUGAGAAAGUGAGCAUGGUCAAGGUGUAUCUUCAAGAUGUCAAGGUUCUGACUCUGCUGCUGGAAUCCAACAGUGCAAAAGACCUGGCCUGUCUGAUUGCAGGCUACUACAGACUGUUUGUUGACCCACUUACCUCCAUUUUCCUCUGGCCAGGAAGCAAACAACAAGUGCACCGGGUGUCUGCAGAAGAAGGCUAUGAAUCCAGGGCAUGCAGCGACUCUGAGGAGUCUUCCGAAGUAGACUGCAUGCUGGAAUCUCUCUCCGACAGACGCCCACUGAAGCCAGACCCCUGCAUACCACUCUUGAAAGAGGAACAGCCUCUUGGGGACAGCGCCACAGCAGAAGGGACCAUGAAAAGCCCAAAUAACUGUGGGGCCAGUAGCACGACAGACAGCGUUGAGUCCGAGGCAUCCGACUCAGCCAAUACUGAGAGCCGAGGCUGCAGGACCAGUGGCUCGAGUGAGUCCAUGGAUGCCUUAGAAGAAGAUGACUUAGACACCUGUUCCUCCAGCAGGCCUGACCUCUUCCGGUUUGACUGUCCAGGCUUCACAGACAGCCUCGAUCCUCAGAGCCAAGAGGAGAAAAGCAGGAUUGAGAACAGUGGCUUCCUCUGUCUGCUGGACCUGGCCCAGAGGGCUGACCCUCAGAACCAGAAGGACUUUGCUGAGAGCCCUGCCCCCGAGGCGUUCUGGGUCCCAGAGCUAAGCGGAGUCAGGCUGGACCCCAGGCUAUACGAGGGUAGUCGGACUGACUACUACAGCCUGUGCUGCAGUGUCUCCCCUGCCAGCCACCUGAGUGACAGCUCUGAAAGCACAGCUUCCCGGCAGGGGGGUGCUCCACCAGCCUGGGGCCAGCAGGGCUGGACGGACGCCCACCCCAGGUCUGCACUAGAAGCCAUGGCCCCACACCGGCUGCAGACCUUUGAGGAUGGCAGCUCAGACGAGGAAUACUAUGACGCAGCUGACAAGCUCACACCCCCUGACGCCCUCUCAGGGGACAGAGCAGUUUGUGCUGUAGCACCCAGUGCCACAAGCUUGCAGAAGAAGGCCAGCGCUUGCAACCCCGAGGAGAGCCUAACUGCUGGGCCCGACGGAAGAGAGGCGUCCAGCAGAAGGGGAGUGGUGAAGAAGUCUGCUCGGAGUCUGCGGAAGAGAAGGUCUUUCCUGCAGACUGAUUACACCUGUCAAGUCUCGUUCCCCGGGGUGUCGUCAGCCUCCCUGGAGAGCGUGGAUGACGUCUGCUACUAUGACAGGGAGCCCUGUCAGGCCCUGGGUGCCCCCUCCCUGACUGUGUCCUCUCUGCAGGACAUGCAGGGCGAGCCGGGCCUCCUGGAGACCAAAGCCCUGGGGCUGCUGGCUCCUCUUCAAGAGACCGAGAGCAAAAACCCGGCCUCGCAGGUCAUGGAGAUGGAGCCUGAGACCAUGGAGACCAAGUCGGUCAUCGAUUCUCGGGUGUCCUCCAUUUCAGCUGUUCGCCUGCGGAUCAAUCACAGCCACACGGAGAAUUCUCGGGGUGCCCCUCUGGCUGCCGAUUUCACCAGUUCCCCGGCAAGUGCCCCUCACUGUCCCAGCCCAGGUUCAUCUGACCCAGAUAAUAACCAGGCAGGACCUUUCCAAACCUUACUUCCAUCUCAGGACUCAAAUGGCAGCUCUUCCAGAGAACUCGCUAUAGAGACUGGGGACAGCACCCCCCCUCUCUCCAGCGCUGACUUGGACCCAGACAGAGUCUGCCUUGCCGUCAGCCCAGGACCACCACCCGUCUCUCAGGGAGGCACCGUAGAGCUGGGAGAAACCCGGGUGAAAACUGGGUCGGGGCCUUUGUUUACAGAUCACAUGCAGGUGCCUGUCCACAAAUCCACAGAGCCUUUGUUGUCUCCUCAAGACCAUCCUAGAAGUAGUGAAUGUAGAAUGAACUCAGGGGCCGAGAUGGUUCCUUUCCCGACAGAACAAGAGCAACAGGCACGGCUGUCUUUGGAGAGUCACGGUGAAGUUACAGACAAAAGUAACGCCAAUAGGUCUCAUGGCAAAGGUAGGGAGGAGCCAGGUGACCCUGUGGGAGACACAUCGAAUGCCACUCCACAGCCUGUUGAUGUUAGUGUCCCCGCUGGUGAAACAGCAGCCUCUGUCUCCUUGGAGACUCCUGUGACAGAGACUGGAGUGUUACCCCAAUGCCUCCCCAACCGUCCUCAAGGAUCAAGCAGAGAAAGCCCAGGACAAGCCUGCCAGACUCAAGAACAAAAACUCGUGGUAGAGUUGGAUUUAGACCCCGGUUUCUUGCUUAGCGACCAGCCACUUAGCCAUAUGAUAGGGGCAGUCAUGGCUCCUAGGGACAUUCCUCCAGGGUCUUCUCUGCCAAAGCCAGUACUGUGUCCCCACCUGGAGCCCUGCUUAGAAAGUUCAAACCAUUGUUUGUGGUCAGAAAGCAAAAGUACAAGCCCUAGCAUCUGCCUUCCCCCUGAGAAGAAGUCUUUCCUCUGCUUUGCCCCGGAAAUUCAGCCUGAAGUUUCUCCCCCUGUGGGGUGUGCGGAUGUGAGUAAGAUGGUGACCCCUACGGCUGGGAUGGAGCAGUGCAGCUGCCAGUUCUCCUAUGCCACAUGCUUCCGCGGCCUGCAGCCAGAGAGCGAGGAAGAAGACAGGGACUCAGAGGCACACCCCACCGCCCCCCUUACCUCUCCGCCCUCUGCAGCAAACAGGCUGUCUCUAUCCUGGAAGCCCACCCGGGCCCACAGCUGCAGCACCGAGCCCCUGGUGAGGAACAGCCAUGUCUGGUCAGAGUACUGCUCCAGGGCCCUGAGACAGCUGAGAGCCGCCCCCAGCAGCACCCCCGAGGGGUUCGUCCGGCUCACGGAGAGCUUGCUGGAACUGCAAGACAUUGUCGAAGCCUCCUGGGGGGAUGGGAAUAAACACCCCCCAGAGAAAUGCACCUGGCACUUUUCAGAAAGCCGAAGCCGCCUCUGCAUGGGCUCCCAGAGGCUCCUGUCCAGCUGUCAGCACGUGAUCAGGAUGGAUCAGUCUCCCGAAGAGAUGCAGAGCGCCGUGCGGGACACCUUCCAGCACCUGGUCCAACUGGCCGGCCUGUGCUUCCAGCUCACAGACUGCAGCCGCUGCUCCCCUCGGCACAGGGAGGCGGCGGGGAGCCUGAGGGAUGUGGUCUACACCUACCACCAGUUUGUGGAGGCAGCUAAGUCAGCCUGCGAGCGAGGCUACCAGGACCUGAGCGUGAAGCUGCUGGCCCGUCAGUGCACAGCCCUCACGGCCGCCGUAUUCUGCUUGACCCAGAGGUUCCGGGCAUCCGCUGCCCUGUGAGCGAGCCAGUUCCCCAGGCCCCCUGCCCUGCCCUGGACACCGCCCUGAGGAGCCCCUCGUGCUCCCCCACCUCUCUCCCCCCCAAUGUUUACUAUUUAGAAUAUUCCAAUAAAUUGCUGCUUAAUCUUGGCCUCUGUCAUACAGAGUACAGAGUGAUGAGUUUGGGUGGAAAGUAUUCAUGUGGUUAAGCUCAAGUGGCUUGAAGAUCAUAAGGAUCCCGGUUCAAGCCCCCGGCUCCUCCACCUGCAGGGGAGUCACUUCACAGGCGGUGAAGCAGGUCUGCAGGUGUCUAUCUUUCUCUCCUCCU